AUGCUCUCCGUCGUGAAAGGACUAACGUUUCCGCCUUCGAGGCUGGGCCCAGCUCCCACCACCGGAAACACCAUCCGCCACUUUGUACCCCAAGUUGGGCAGGUUUUACUCAUUACCGACACUCCAGCGUCUUCAGCUCAAUUCUUGGUUCAAGCCGUUUUGCAAUCGCAGCUCAAGCGCGAAGGAGAAGCUUCUGCAAAUACGAGAGCCUGUGUGCUCGUCUCCGUAGACCACGAUUUCGCACACAUCAGUGCCGUAGCAGCUCGUUCGAACCUAAAUCUCUCUCAUUGUAUCCGUGACAGGACUCUUGUCUAUGUCGAUGCGCUUACACAGGCGCCUCAGCCGCUAGGUGAUCUCGCGGACGGUGUGAGCGCGCCAGACGAUCGCCAUACCACUGCGGGGAUUGUCACCUGUCCGCCUCUGGCAACAUCCUUGCGACCUCUGUACGACGUCAUCCAGCAGGCACUGGAACAAUUAUCGCCGAGUGCUACCGGGAAAUUGUUGAUCCUAAGUGAUGUAUCUUCGCUAGAAUGGAUCGGUAUUCCGGCAACAGAGAAUAAAAGUGGGGUAGUCAUCCUGUAUCAUUCCCCUUCACGAGAUCUUCCGAUCGAGUCCGACGUUUUCAGGAAUCUUCUUACAGGUUGUGAUGUUCAUGCCGAGGUUCGUGAGCUGAGCAGCGGUCUUAGCAGCGCCGUCAGCGGAGAGGUCGCACUCCAUCCUGGAUUUACGGCACCGGAUCCGCAUUUUGUACCUAUCCCACGCGAGCGGGCGUUGCAGUACCGCCUGACAGAUGCGGGCGUCAUCUGGUUUGAUCGUGGAACUAGUGCUGGUGUCUUAUGA